UCAAAGUAUGCAUCAGUUUCUUUUACAAAUUCUCUGUCGAGUUGUUCAAUUAUUAAAAUAUUACAGAUUGAAAGAGUACAGAACCCUAUCAUGUUCAAGCAAUAUGCUGUGGGGCGAGAUGCGAUGAUUAAGUACUACAAAUCAAAUCCGUCUGUGCAAGUUGAAAGACGAUUAUGGCACGGAACGGGCAGUGAUACUAUUCAGGCUAUAACUGCUGAAGGUUUCAACAGAAGUUAUAGUGGCAAGAACGCCACAUGCUAUGGCAAUGGAUCAUACUUUGCCAAACAUUUUAGUUAUUCUGCCAACAAAACAUAUUCCAGACCUGACCUGAAUGGACACAAACAUGUAUUCCAAUGUUUAGUCCUAACAGGAGAAUUUGCUAAGGGAAGUGAAGGACUCAAAGCACCUCCAAUGAAAACCAACCAAACAAAAUACGACAGUACCGUUGACGACGUUUCACACCCACAUAUAUUUGUUGUUUAUAAUGAUACAUACGCCUAUCCAGAGUACAUUAUAACAUUCGUUUGA